AUGAAGACACCUUUUAAAAUUGAAGAGGAGGUAGCAAAGGUUUAUACAAGAAAGUCUUUCAUGAUCUUCCAAGAUGAGCUGUUCAAUAGUCUACCGAACCAAGCAAGAAAAUUGAAUGUGAUUGGUGAGGUCAAGACAUAUGGAGUGACAGCUUAUGGUAAAGAAACACCUAUUUACCAUGUGACAUUGGAAGGUGAUGAAGUACAUGCUACAUAUACAUGCCAUAUGUGGGGAGUUUAUGGGAUUCUUUGUAGGCAUAUCUUGUGUGUUUUUGGCAAGAAGGCAAAGUUAAAUGAAUUGCCACAACAUUAUGAUCUGGACAGAUGGACUAUUAAUGCUGAGAAUCGAAUCAUUCUCCACAUACCAUGUUUUGAUGACCAAGCGAGGCAAGGACAAGAUGAUCCUACGAUAAGAAAAAACAAGUCAAUGACUCAACUUUAUGACAUUGUCAAACUUGCAUCACAAUCAACUGAAAAAUACAAGCACUUCAUAUUUGCAUUGGAGAAUAUUUACAAAGAGUUGCUUGUAAUGGAAGAGCACGUAGAAUAUUCACAAACCGUGCCCAUCAAUGAUGAUCAAAUAUUAAGAAGUCAAGUUUUAUCGAACUUUUCACAAAUGCUGCAAGAUCCUCCACAGAUGCCCACGAAAGGGCGCCCAAAAUCUUUAAGAUUGAAGAACCCAAAGGAAACACAAAUAACAAAGAAAAGAUAUUGUAGUAUUUGA